CUACGUCACUUCCCUCAAACUCGGCGUUUGGUUGUGUGUUCGCAUGCGGGUUCAAUAUGCGUAUCGAAAAGUGUUAUUUCUGUUCUGGGCCAAUCUAUCCCGGCCACGGCAUGAUGUUCGUCCGCAAUGAUUGUAAGGUGUUCAGAUUCUGUAAAUCCAAAUGUCAUAAAAACUUUAAAAAGAAGCGUAAUCCUCGCAAGGUCAGGUGGACUAAAGCAUUCCGGAAGGCAGCUGGUAAAGAGCUUACAGUGGAUAAUUCAUUUGAAUUUGAAAAACGUAGAAAUGAACCUGUCAAGUACCAGCGAGAGCUAUGGAAUAAAACUAUUGAUGCAAUGAAGAGAGUCGAAGAAAUUAAACAGAAACGCCAAGCUAAAUUUAUAAUGAACAGGUUAAAGAAAAAUAAAGAACUACAGAAAGUUCAGGACAUCAAAGAGGUCAAGCAAAACAUCCAUCUUAUCCGGGCUCCUCUUGCAGGCAAAGGAAAGCAGCUGGAAGAAAAAAUGGUACUGCAAUUACAACAGGAUGUGGACAUGGAAGAUAUUUCUUAGAAAUCUUCUGUCUGUAACCAUUUCUAUAUGUGCUUUUGAAAAUCUCUUCUUGAGACUUGGAACUUCUAAAGUAUUGCUGUAUUUUUUUUGUGAGGGCACUCAAAUGAAAGGUAAUUAAAAAUACAUUUCUCCUACAUUGCUAUCUAUAAAAUAUCAGAUGUUAUGGAUGUUAGAUUGUGUCUCAACUUUAAACCUUCACUGAUAAGUUGUACUAUGUAAAUCAUGAAAAUUCUGUUUGUAAGUAUAGAAGUGAAUUGUGGGCAUAAAAUGGUCAUGUCAUUCGGAUAAUGGCCCUAGGCAGCUUUUAUGUAAUAAGUAAUGACAAAAUUCAUGGCUAAUGAUACAUAAAAUAAAACUUUCUUUGCAGUAAGAUACUCCCUUUAUUAAUGCUAUAGAAGAGGGGCUCAAUAAGGAACUAACAAUCUGUGUGAAGAUUGACCUCAAGUGAUACUUUUAUUUUAAGAUUUCCUGUUUUGGUGUUAUUAGCAUCUUCUAUGAGCAUUUUGGCCCCCGGAGAUUGAGGCCUAAUUAUAAGUGUUCUGCUAGCCAGUUGUGGAUGUUAUAGGUGAGAGCUGAAUAAUCUUUUCUUGAAAUGGCUCUAAACUUGAUUAAUUUCCACGAACUUGAGAUUCCUGGUGGGACAAGCUUUAUUUUUCCAGCUUGGCACUAAUUUAGAAGCAGAGGAAUCCCAGUGCCUUUUAAAAUUUGUUGCGUUGUUUUCUUUACAAAAGCCUUGUUUUUGGAAAAUAGAGCUUAUGGGUAGAGUGUUGGUUCAUUAUUUGCAUAUGAAAUAAAAUCAUUUCUAAAGUAAGUGCCUAUAUAUUUAUUACUUGAAGGUACUAAACAAAGUAAGAUGUCUCUAUUACAUGGGAGAAAAGAACUUCCCUCACACAUAUAACUUAAGUAGGAGAUGUAUUUAGAGAACCAUAUCCCUCGUGUUUCUAUAUUUUUAUAUUAUUUAGUUUUUAAGUAUGUUAAUAGUUAAAUCUAUCAGCUUUUAUAUUGAAGUUAAUUAGGCCAUGAUUUAGCUGAUAUAACUAUAAAACAAUGGCUAAAUUUUUAUUUCAGUAUUAGGUAGAAAAUAAAGUGUACUCACUGGACCAUGUGUCAGACGACUUGAAUUCCAAUGUGGUCCUGUCUUUGUGUUCUUGUUUAUAAAAUAUGGUUUAUUUGUAGACAACAUUAUUGCUAUGAAGAUGAGGGGAAAUAAUAUUACAUAUAUAAUAAAAGACAUCUGUAAAAAUUCUAGGGAAUUUUCACUUGAUGCCUUAGUCAUGUUUAUUUUAAUAUUAAAAUGUUCAAAACUAUAUAAUAUUAGAAAACAAUGUUCCUAGCUUCCUAGUUAGUAAGAUGCUGUUAUCUUAAGAGCAUCAAUUUGGGAAAAUUAGGCUGAAUUGAAGAGCUGAUAUUGCAUCUCAGAUUUAGCUUCCAGACAAUUUUCUUAACUUUCUUUCUUAGUAUUUUGAGACUCCAGAUCUCAUUAUAAACCAUGUAGACACAAAUGCUACAGUGUUAUCCCCGUAUAGCUCUUUAAGCUGGUGGAACACUGAGGGAGUUCAUUUAAAAUGUUGCCUGAGUGUUGCAUGGUACAGUGCCUUUAGGCUACUGGUUCAGACCUAUCCUGGCCAUUUAGCAUAACAUAAAAGCUCAGAUUUUUUCAGACAUUUGCUACACUGAACUUUUAUGUUUAGUUGUUCAAGAGUAGUACAGAGUUAGCAGUCAUAGAAAAAAAUUUUCUUGCAUGGAUCCCUUACAAAACCUUGUUAGCAAUGCAGGAAAAUAGCCCCACAUUGGAAAAGUUAUGUCAUUUCUUAAAAAUAGAAACCCUAAGAAGAUAUAAAGGUUAAGAUGGCAGUUUGCUGAAUUUUUAAAAGUGUUGAAAAGACAAGGGGAAAAAAAGCAAUAUUUAAAAAAAAAACUCAAUUUCAAGGGCUCUGGAAGUAAUUUCCAAAGUCUGUAUUUUUUUAGUCAUAUAAAGCAGAAUUGAAAAACUGACCCACAAAUUCUGUCCUCCUUGUCUGCUCACAUCAGCCUCGGGUUGAUUUGAAUCAUUCUUGUAUGUGUUGAUCAGUUUUUUUUUUGUUUGUUUGUUUGUUUUAAUUAAGAAUAACCCUUUUCUUAACAAGAAUAUAUCCGUGCCUUCUGAAUGUAAGAAUCUCUACCUUCUCAUGCUGUGGGGUGAGUCUGACCGAUGCUCUCCUGCUUGAACACUCUCCCUAGGUUUUGAAUCAUAAUCAAGUGAAGCUCUCAUGUGGGAUUAGAGGUGAUGCUACCACAUGACUUACUCUGGGUCACUCUUGGCCUGUUCUGAUUCUCUAGCCUCCCGUUGAUUCUGUGGCCCCAUAUAAUUCUUCCAAUAAAUUCCUUUUUGCUCAAGUUUCUAACCAAAAGUCUUUACUUAUAGACAUCCCCUGCUCCUCCAGCAAAACCAGGCACCUCAUUUCUAUCAUAAUCUCCAUGUGCAUGGACUAUUUCUGUUUUACCCUUGGCACAUAUUAGGUGACUAAUUCAUGGAAGAUGCUCAAUAAAUGUUGCCUAAAUGGAACGUGAAUGUGAGAAACUUUUGCUUUCAGAACUCCAGCUUUUAAAUACUUUCUCUGUUUAGCAUGUUCCAAUCAAGUGUAUUUAUGUUUGGUUCAACACAAGCCAUGGUUCUUAAAAGGAGCACCAGUGAAAGUAUGUCAUUCCAAUCAGUGAGGCAUUCUACAUAGUUUUUCAAGUAUAUACCUGGUGAUGUCAAAUAUUUUCUCUUCUAAUAUCAGGGAAUGCUGUGUAGACAGUGAGCAAGGUACUCUUAAAGGCAGUCCAUCUGAUUAAAAUGAUUCCUCAAUUCCAAAGCAGAUAAUAAUACAAGUACUCACACUGUGUUAAACUACAGGCACUGCAUUGCAUUGUUCACCAGUUUUCUCUUCUAUAUUCCCAGAUUCUGUGUGCGGCCUGAAUACAAAAAUCUACUGCUUUUUGGCAUUGUAGAGAUCCACUUUCCCCAUUUCUAGAAUGUAUACAAAAAUACAGUGAAGAUCAGUUUAGAGAGAAAGAAAUCCCAAAGGAUAAAAAUUUCCAGGCACUAUCACUCAUUAUGACACCUUAGGCUGAUGGCAGUCUCUCAGUAUCUCUGAUUACAUAUAUGCAAAUAGGAUACAGUAUCACCUAGUCUAAAGGUUGUGAAAAUCCAAUGAUAUAGUAAUUAUUAUGGCCAGGUACAUAUUAUCUUACACAAUCUUCACAACCCUUCAAGUUAGUCCCUUUUCUCUUUUAUAGGUGAAUAUGACGGUAUGAGAAAUUGAAUAAUUUGACCCAUGUCACAAGCCAACAACUAGCAGAACUUAGAUUCAGGCUUAGUCUUGACUCUUAAUCAUUAUCCUAUAUCUUACACAGCAUCUAGCAUGAUGCCUGGCAGGAGUUGGUGCUUCAUAUGUACUUAUUCAUUCCAGGAAAAAAAAAAAAAAAGCAGUAAAAGAA